ACACUCACACAGUCUCUUACACUGACCAUUGGAAAUUCUUAAACACAAAAAUCAAAACAAUUUUGUUAAAAAUGGUUAGGUUGCCCAAAAAAAAAACGUUAUUUGUGACUAACCGACCAACCGCCUCAUUUCAAGGUUAGAGGGCCAAUGCAAAAGACCAAUGAAUAUUUAAUUAAACAUUGCGUAUUUAAUGCGCUUCCAAAUUAACAACCUAAACAGUUGACACCCAACAUUGCAAUCGAACGGAAUAACUGAACGGUGUUGGUGUUUUUUUUUUUCACUUCUUCUUCUUCUCCUUACAAUUUUACAACGAAUCGGAAUUAUUAAGGACGUAAAAAUGACGGCCAAAUUUCAGUUGGGUAUUUUAUUUUUAACGGCAGUAGUCGCAUCAACACUGGCGGAACCAGUGGUGCACAAAUUACGGUUACGUUUUCCUGGUCCCAGCAAGAUUGUGGCAAAACCCAUCAAACAGCAAGUAGCCCCCUAUCCACCGGCUGGAUUAAAACCUGACCCUCCAUUCGAGGAGGAAGAACCUGAAAUUACGUAUCUGCCACCCGAACCGGAGUUGAUAUACGGACCACCUGAUGAGGUUUAUGGUCCACCGGAACCACAAACAACCUAUGGGGUACCGGCCGAAACUUAUGGACCUCCACCAGCUGUAUAUGGACCACCCGAACAAACCUAUGGACCCCCCGAACAAACCUAUGGUCCACCCGAACAAACCUAUGGCCCACCUGAAUUGACUUAUGGUCCUCCUGCCACAGAACCGGAAUUUGCCCCAAUUGUUAAUUCCGUCAAUGCACCUUUGCAAAUUUCUUCAAAAUUUGUGCCACCUCGUCCCGGCAAGGCAGUAAGUUUCCGCCCAAAUCAGGUCAGCUUUAAACCACAAUCAGCUGCCGUAAUUAAUGCACCAUUGCAAUUUUCUUCGCAAUUCGUGCCACCAAGACCCGGCAAGGCGGCAAGCUUCCGACCCAGCAACAACGGUUUCAUACCAUCAGCUGCCAUCAUUAAUGCUCCCUUAAGACCUGUAUCCCAUUUAACUGUUCCUCGUCCAGAACGCGUCAUCAAUUUCCGCCCAAAGCCCUUUCAAGCUCAACAACUCUUCCCCCAAACGUCACUAACGUUGCCUCGUGUGGAACGUCCAGUUGCUUUCCGUCCUAGACGUAUUCCAUCACAACAACAGCAACAACCAAACCGAUUCAAUCGUCCACUAUCAUCCAAUAUAUUUGGUGCGUCGAAAAAUAGUGGCCGUCCUUCCGGUCGGCAAUUGCCAUCAACAAUUUUCAAUUGAGAUUGGAAUUUUUAUUGAACGUUAAAUGGAGAAAGAGCUACAGAUUUCAACAUUUUUCUUGUUAUUGUUAUUUGUUUUGUUAUAUAAUUUAU